CCGGGCCGUCGCCGGGGUGCAGGUGCCCGUCUACCUGCUGGGCGGCCGUUCGUACCCGCUGCUCCCCUGGCUCAUGCGGCCCUACAGGGCAGCGGCCCUGACGCCCGCCCAGCAGCGCUUCAACGAGUACGCCGACGCCGCGCGGACGGUGCUGGGCGUCGCCUUCGGGCGGCUGCGCGGGCGCUGGCGCUGCCUCACCAAGCGCAACGACACCGACGUGUCCUUCUUGCCCACCCUCAUCGCGGCCUGCUGCACCCUGCACAACGUCUGCGAGGCCCGCGGGGACGUCUUCCAGUCGUGCUGGAUGGAGGCCGAGGGCGGGGCCGAGCCGCGGGAGGAGCAGCCGCCGGAGGAAGGCGAGGAGGAAGACGCGGGGGCGGCCGAGAUUCGAGACGCCCUUGCCUCGGCCCUGAGGGGCUGAUCGCCGGCGGACCAGCCGCUACGCCGAGCGGAGGGCCCAGCGGAGACGCGAGGCCUCCAGGUUGAAGCGUCCAGGGCAGGGGAACAAAUGAACCAAGGGCGGGGAAAGACCCGGUGCCCCUGGGAGCUUUGUCAUCUGGGAGGGAAGGCGCCGCUGGGCGAGAUCAGCCUUCAAUAAAUCUUUUUUUCAGGA